AUGGGGUAUCAUGUGUCAAGAUCUGAGGCAUUUGAUCAUAUAAUAUGCGAAGGCUUUUUGAAGGGCUUUGUUCGAUGGAUUUUUCAUGGAGAAUCAUCUGGUGCAUAUACUUCCACUUCUAGAAGUAAUGAAGAGGAAGAAGAUUUACACCAUGACAUGCAUACCUUAUUGAAUGAUGCUUUUGGAAUGGAUGUGGACAUGGAAGAAAGGACAGAUGAGCCUGAUGAUGUUAACAGAAGAACAUUGGGAUUGGGUUACAAAAAAGUUCAUGCUUGUCCUAAUGAUUGCAUGUUGUUUUGGAAAAAUAAGGAACAUGAAGAUAUUUGUUCGAAAUGUGGAGCUUCUAGGUGGAAAGAACAUGCAAAUAUUGUGGACGAUGAUUCAUCCAUUUCUAGCAAGAAAAAGAAGCCUGUUAAGAUUUUACAUUGGUCAACACCAAUACCACCAUCUGCUAGUGACAUAUUGAGACAGCUAGAAGCUCUAGACAGCAUAGAGGAUGGCCCUUGGAAGAAAAAGAGUAUUCUGUUUUCACAGCCUUAUUGGGAGCACCUUUGUUUACGUCAUAAUCUGGAUGUAAUGCAUAUUGAAAAGAAUGUUUCUGAUAACAUUUUGGGCACUUUAAUUGGACAAGCGGGUAAGUCAAAGGAUAACAUAAAGAUUGGAACAAGCACAUCGGUUGUACGUUUGAUUGAGCAAGGAAGUACAAUUAUCACGGAUCAUGUUAAAUGUCUUGCUCGUGGUCCAGAGGAAGUUGUUAGAAGAUAUACUAGUUAUCUAAUAAAUGGUUACAGAAAUGAAGCUGAUGAUGAUGGAGUAGAUGUUACACAAGAGAUGGAAAAUGAGGAAGUACAAGAUGAGCUUGUAGAUGAGCGUGAUGGAGAAGAUCACAGUAUUAAUAAUGGUCAGUUAAAGUUGGAGGAAGGCACUCUCUCUAAAGAGAUGCUAAAAAACAACAAAUGCUAUUUGUUGGAUUGCGGCUCUGAGAUAUUUAUUUGGGUUGGCCGGGCAACUCAACUUGAGGACAGGAAAGCCACCAGUAGAGCUGCUGAGGAAUUUACCAUCAAUCAAAGUAGGCCAAAGAUGACUCGGAUAACUCAAGUUAUUCAAGGGUUUGAGACACAUUCAUUCAAGUCCAACUUUGAAUCUUGGUCUGCCAGUACAGUGACAGCAAGUGGAGAGGAAGGCAGAGGAAAAGUGGCAGCUUUGCUAAAGCAGCAGAGGGUGGACAUGAAGGGAAUGACAAAAGGUUCUCCUUUAAAUGAGGAGGUUCCUCCUUUGCUUGAAGCUGGUGGUAAACUUGAGGUAUGGUGCAUCAAUGGAAGUGCCAAGACACCGCUUCCUAUGGAAGAGAUUGGUAAAUUCUACGGUGGGGAUUGUUACAUUAUUCAUUAUACAUAUCAUUCUGGUGAGAAGAAAGAGGAAUACUUCCUUUCCAGUUGGUUGGGAAAGGAUAGUAUUCAGGAUGACCAAAUUAUGUCUGUCCAAUUAACUAAUGCAAUGUUCACUUCCUUGAAAGGAAGGCCCACUCUGGGUCGCAUUAUUCAAGGUAAAGAGCCACCACAAUUUAUUGCACUUUUUCAGCCUAUGGUUGUCUUGAAGGGAGGAGUCAGUUCAGGUUACAAAAUGUCCAUAUUAGAAAAGAAUUUGAAUGAUGAUACUUAUAGUUCUGAUGGCAUUGCUCUAUUACAAAUUUUUGGGACAUCAUCUCAUAACAAUAAAGCACUUCAAGUUGAUGCAGUAGCAACAUCCUUAAACCCUUUUAAUUUUUUCGUAUUGCAAUCUGGUAAUUCGGUGUUCUGUUGGCAAGGGAAUUCCAGUUCAAUUGAGCAGCGGCAGUGGGCUACAAAUGUAGUAGAAUUUUUGAAGCCUGGAGCCACAUUGAAACACGCAAAGGAAGGUACAGAGAGCUCAGCAUUCUGGUUUGCACUUGGUGGAAAGCAUAGUUAUACUAGCAAAAAGGUCUCACAAGAUAUUGUCAGAGAUCCUCACUUAUAUAGUUUUUCAUACAACAAAGGAAAAUUUAAGGUUGAUGAGGUUUUCAACUUCUCACAAGAUGAUUUGUUAUCUGAGGAUAUAUUAAUUCUUGAUACCCAUGUAGAGGUCUUUGUUUGGGUUGGUUACUCUGUACAUUCUGAAGAUAAACAAAAUGCUUUUGAAUUUGGUCAGAAAUAUAUAGAACUUGCAGCAGACCUUCAAGGACUAUCCCCGGAUGUACCUCUUUAUAAAGUCAUAGAAGGACAUGAGCCAUCUUUUUCCACUACAUUCUUCUCCUGGGAUACCACAAAGGUGAUGGCUCUAGGAAAUUCAUUUCAGAAAAGGUUGUCAUUGCUAUUUGGGCCUGCUGUGCAUGUCUCAGAGUCUAGGGACAAAUUUGGCAAGUUAAGUGAUGGAGGACCUACUCAAAGGGCAUCUGCUCUGGCUGCAUUAUCUUCAACCUUUAAUCCCUCUUCAGGAUCAAUGCAACCCAUUGAGAGAUCUAACUACCAAAACCAUUCUGGGCCCACUCAAAGGGCAUCAGCAUUGGCAGCAUUGUCAUUUGCAUUCAAUCCUUCUUCAGUUGUUAAAACAACAUCUCCAAGGCCAUAUCAACCAAGCCCGGGGUCACAACGUGCAGCUGCCGUUGCAGCACUAUCAACCGUUUUAACUGCUGAACAAAAUGUUGGACUAUCUGAAUGCUUUGGUUCUCGAAUCAGUCAAACCAGUUCACUCGACGCAGACCUUGAUGGUAAAGUAAUACCUAUCUUUACCUUGUCUUGGCUUUAUAUUCAUAAUUUCAAGGUGUGCAAUUUUAUAGUUUUUUUUUUUUCAUUUUAGUUUUCAUCACAAUAAAGUUUUUUUUAUUUUUCUCAUAUGAUAACGUUAGAGUACCAUAUUGAAAUGUUAUUAUAUAGUUUGGUAUAGGUGACA